AUCGGAGACUUGGGAUCGAUUCUCGUCGCCACUAGCGCCAAGCUUGUGGCUUGUUGGAGGGGGGGGGAGACCCGCCAGACUGGUGAAGAGGGUGGAAUGACCCAAAAAUUCCGGUUGGUUUUCGACGCCGGUGAGGGUGUACGGUUUCGCCGGGGAAUUACGUCAGCAUGAAGGGCGGGGUGGUGACUGGUGAAGGUUAAGGGAUGCGUAGGUUAAGGGGGGAGAGUGUGACCUGGUGCGCAUUUUCAAAGUUGCGUGUUAGUGGAAAUGUGACGACGUUAAAUGUUGACUAUAGCAGACGGAAAAAAGAAUAGUUAUAAAAUAAUUUAUUUAUUUCCCGUUUUCUUUAAGCUGCUGGGUUGAUUUCGAUUCUUUGCUCUGAGGAAUGGAUGGCACGGUUUUGCAGAGAACAGGGUUUCUAGGAGACUUAAGUGUUGAAUUGGGGUUUAUCGGAAUAGAGAGGUUUGGAUUGCUACUGGGUUUCGAUUUAGUGUUUGAGGUGUUGAGCUUUGAGUCAGAGUUGUUCCGUUGGUAACAGAGCUCAAUUUUUGUUUUUUCAAGAUUUCCAUGCUGCAGAUCAAUGAUUGACUUUGCAUUUUUCCCCAGUCAAAGAGUAUGAGCUCUCCAUCAACUCAGUUUGCCACCUCAAGAAGGAUGGGUAUAUAUGAGCCAGUUCACCAGAUUAGCAUGUGGGCAGAACCAUUUAAAGCUGAUUGCAGUCCAAAUACAGGCACAUCCACAAUCAUAGAGGUGGAUACAAAGAUGGAUAAGUCUGAAGAUACUUCUCAAGGAACUAUAGGAUCUUCAAAAAAGUAUGAUCAGGAAGCAAAUAAACCUCCAGAUAAGGUAUUAAGGCGUCUUGCACAAAAUCGUGAGGCUGCUCGUAAAAGCCGUUUACGGAAAAAGGCAUAUGUUCAACAACUGGAAUCAAGUCGUUUGAAGCUGACACAAUUGGAGCAGGAGCUUGAACGACUUAGACAACAGGGUGUUUACAUAGGUGGUUCAUUCGAUACUAGUCAUCUAGGGUUGUCUGGAACUGUUAACACAGGCACUGAUGCAUUUGAGAUGGAGUAUGGACAUUGGGUUGAAGAACAAAGUAGACAAGUUAAUGAAUUGAGGACAGCUUUACAAGCUCAUGUAACUGACAUAGAUCUCCGGCUUCUAGUGGAUAGUGGCAUGAACCAUUAUUAUGAUCUUUUCCGUAUGAAGGCAACUGCUGCAAAAGCUGAUGUCUUCUAUUUAAUAUCUGGCAUGUGGAGAACUUCAGCUGAGCGCUUUUUCUUGUGGAUUGGAGGGUUUCGUCCAUCAGAGCUUCUAAAGGUUCUCACGCCCCAACUUGACCCAUUAACAGAACAACAAGUUGUGGAUGUUUAUAACCUUCAACAGUCAUCACAACAAGCUGAAGAUGCUCUUUCACAAGGAUUGCUUAAACUGCAACAAACUUUAUCUGAGACUCUUGCAUCUGAUACAGUGGUUGCAGGAAGCUACAUGUCACAGAUGACUACAGCAAUGGGGAAGUUGGAAGCUCUUGUGAGCUUUGUGAACCAGGUCAUGGAGCUUUGCCAAAUGCAGUCAUCUUCUGAAACAUUGAUCCUGAUCUUGCCAAAAGUUGCAGACCACCUUCGGCAGCAGACUCUGCUGCAGAUGUCUCGCAUCCUAACAACCCGCCAAGCAGCUCGGGGCCUGCUGGCCUUGGGGGAUUAUUUCCAACGUCUCCGGGCUCUAAGUUCACUUUGGGCUGCUCGACCUUGUGAACCAGCCUAAGCAGCUAAGCUAUGAUAGGGGAUGUGUAACCUCUCAGAUGUGAUCAGCAGCCACAGAUCAACUAGCAGCACGAAAAAUGCUCUUGCCUUGACAAGAGUCCCACUUGGUAGUCGUCAUUACUUUAAGCGUCUUAUGAACACAAGUAAGCUGAUGACAUUUUUGAAGCAGCCUCCUGAAUUGGAAGAAUGUUGUAAAUAGGAAGUUUAAUUCCCCAUUUUAUCAAGAUUCAAGAGGACGUUCUUUUAUUUUAGGUAAAAUCCCCUGUGCAAAUUGUGUAAUAUAUUUUAAAGGUUACUUGUAAGUGUACACUUGAUGUUUUGAUUGGACAGCUGGUACUCAUGUAAAAUUGCUGGCUAGUUUGGGUGCAUUGUCUGAAACUUGGACGGAUAAGCUGGAGAAGUGUACAUUUCAUACAUUCCUAGCAGCUCGUUGGCCUACUGCAACAAAUGUACCCCAAAUUUUGUUUAA